CUCUGAACUUUCAUAUAUUUACUCCUGAUGAUCUUAUUGGAAAUGUAUGGAUUGAUAUUAAGAAUACUAUUGGAAAUAGGACUAAACGAGCCAGAAUUCUCGGUCUCCAAAUUCAUCAGGCUAUGGGAUUGCAAGUUACAGCUGCGCCAUAUGUUAAAGAAACGUCUGGACAGUUUUGUCAGAUAAUGUUUACAACGCGACAUUUUCCAAAUCCUUAUGUGUC